AUGGCUCCCCUGGGUGAAUCGAUUGCCGUGAUUGAUAAAUCUGGCAAGGUCGUGAGCACGAGCAAACACCUCUUUGGCGUGUUCAGUCAAGCCAAGAACGCUUAUCGCGAACGCAAGGCCCAAGUUCAGUCCGAACGAAACGCUAAGAUUGCCGAGAGAGAAGCGCUUAGGGCCCUCGAGAACUACCAUAUUGACGAUGCGCCCUCAGUCGCAUCCUCUCGGAGGAGUCGUUCUCGAUACCACUCGGGCCGCAGCCACCACCCUCGCGAGGGCUCAGUCUACGAGGAAGACGUACAAUGGCAGGACCCGUAUGCAGAUCCAUACGACGGUCGGCCAUAUGAGAUGGUCCGCCGCCACACUCACGAUGUCGCCAUGCGCGGGCCAGAGCGACCAACAACCAGCCGCUCGAAAUCCGAUGCUCAUGUCGACAUGGAUCUAGCGUACGGUGACUUCCACCCGUCGGCCCUCGAGAGGAUGCCACCUCCCGACCAGGGCCAACUUCAACGAAUCGAGGAUCCUGAAUUAAAUGGCCUCGUAAACAAGGCUCAGUGGCUCCUGGAAGAGGCUGACUGUAUGCAACAUUCUGCGACCGCUACUAUCGCCCAUCUUCAGAAGAACCCAGACGCCAUGGCUGCUGUGGCGCUCACCUUGGCCGAGAUCAGCAAUCUCGCGACAAAGAUGGCGCCAUCCGCGCUAUCGGCCCUCAAGACCGCAGCCCCCAGCAUCUUCGCUUUGCUUGCGAGUCCACAGUUCUUGAUCGCGGCUGGUGUUGGCAUUGGAGUCACGAUUGUCAUGUUUGGUGGCUAUAAGAUUGUCAAGCAGAUCCAAUCUGCCACUUCCAAUACCCCUGCCGCCAACCCUAUGAGGGCACCGGCUGCCCCCGAAGAGGAGCCCGGUAUGGAUGAUAUGAUGGAGUUCAACACCGAAUGUCUGAGCACUGUCGAGAUGUGGCGGCGUGGCGUAGCAGACGUCGAGGCCUACAGCGUUGGUACUUCCGUUGACGGGGAAUUCAUCACCCCUACCGCAGCAGCUAUGUCAGGUAUUGACGUGACUACUGCACGAAUGUCUCGAGACCCGCGAUUUAAGUUCGACGAUGACCGCUCGACGACAUCUUCCCGCAGAUCUCGUCGGUCGCGCACGCAUCACGAAAGCCCCCGGUCGGAAUACCGACCGGAGUCGCACGCCGGUUCGAAGGCACCUUCGCGGAUGUUUUCCAAAGCACCGUCCAAGGCACCGUCGAGGGCGCCCUCACAUGCACCUUCCAGAGCGGAAUCCCGUUACUCCGACAUGGAACCGAAGCCAAAGGAGAAAAAGAAACGAUCCAGCCGUCUUCGUCUGAUGUUCACUGCGUGA